CGGAUCCGAGCAGAGAACCUCCUACCUUGUACCGGAUUAUGCUGCAUGGGACUCAUCACAAUAACAACACAACAGUUUAAGAUUCUACAUAUCCGUGAUGAGACAAUACACCACUUCCCGGGACAGGGGAGGCUCCUGCGUGGCCUGCUGCCAAGUUUGCGUUUUCGCGUUUACUGCAUUUCUCAUUGUGGCUGAGCGGACUGCGCUGAUCUACUGUUUCGUGUACUACCUGUGGGUGGGGCAUAACUAUUGCUAUGGCCACUGGGCGGGGCUUACAGCCUUGUUUCUCCUCCCUGGAUGGGGCCCCCAGUUGCUUAGUUGGCUGUGGUACCAGGCAGAUGGACGUAUAUGCAGCAAAGAUCUCAAAUGGACUCACAUCCUGCACCUGGGCAUCUUUAGAAGGUUAUGGGAGACUAUGACAUCCACUGGAGAGGAUCGGUGUAGUGAGAUAAUGCAGCAGGCUGAUGUUUCAGCUCUCCGCCUGUUAGAGGCACUGGUGGUAACUCUGCCACAGACUGUCUUGCAGACAUAUGUCCUCAUCUGUACCGAUGUAGGACUCUCUUCACCAGUGUCAGUGUGUUUUGCGGUGUGCCUGCUGUCCCUGGCCUGGGCCUUAGUGUUGUAUGCCAGAGCCUGUUCCCUCAUCAGACCUGGACAUCUCCCCAUGACCCCUGCUGCUAUUGCCUGUAGACUGCUCUGGAGGGUCAGUAUGUUGGGAGCACGUCUCGCCACCCUCACUCUCUUCACACGCCUGUUCCGCCAGUGGGUACUUGGUGUUAUUGGUCUUCACUGGUUGGGUGCUACGUUCUGGUUGGUGUCGCAGCAGAGUGACAUCAUUAAAACGCCAUUGCGCUGGCGCCUGUUCAACCUGGUUCUGGGAGCUGUUCACAUCUUCCUCUUCCUCAACGUCAAAGACGGAGCCUCCAGAUGCCGCAUGGCCGGCUUCUACUUGGUGUGUGUGUGUGUGUGUGUUCCCUACACAUAUACAAUCAUGCGCAUCCUGUGUGUGUGUAACUCUCUCUACUCUCUCCUGCAGGCCAUGUUUAUCGAGAACGCUCUUCUUCUGCUGGCAGGUUCCGACUUCUUCAGUGUUGCAUCAUGGGAUAGCAUGGGUAUCCCAGCCGCCGUGUUCUGUAGUUUCCUCAUUGGAGUGAUAGCUUUAGUCCUGUACUACCGGUUCCUCCACCCUAAGUCCUUUGAGAUCUUCCAGAGCAUACGUCACCAUGGAAUGGGCGGAGCUUGUGCAGUCCGGGGCUCUUCUCUCUCAUUGGAAGAGAAGAGCCAUCGCCACAGUCAACUUGUGGGUGGCGGGAAUCUGUUGGAGCUCCCUAGCCAAUGGCAGGGCUGGAAGCACCACCACUGGUUGCUGAUUCGCCUAGCCAUGAAGACAGGUGAUGUGGCUAGAAUAAGCCAUGCCUAUGGUGAAGGGGGAUUGGUCAGGCUGCUGGGACUAGAGGAAGAGACUCUGCCAAGGUCCCCAGACAUUCCGCAACGUUCUCUCAACGUUCCACAAUCUUCUCCCAUCGUUCCCCAGGUUGACGAGGUCAGACAGGUGGAGGAGGUUAUAAAGGCAGCCCCAGCAAGAGACAUCAUCAGUGAGGUGAGACAGGCAGUGAGACAGGGGGAGGUGAGACAUGUGCUGCCCUCACCCUCUCCCAUCCAGGAAGUCAACCCGCCGCUGGUGGAGGUCCUAGUUGAGGAGGUUAGAGGUCACCUCUCUGAGCCCUCCAACCCGCAAGACGACUCCAGCCCCCCUCAUUCCAGUCCCCCUCCCUCUGAAGAACGAGAUGAGGAAGACUUCCAGAGCGCAACCUACUGCUCCCCCACACCCUCUUCACCCAAGUACCCAGACUACCGCCACAUCGACAGCAACGUGGUCACCUCGAACACCGAAGGGUCAUCUUCUGCGGGGUCACUGGAUGCCAGACGUGAUUCGUCUCCAGAGAGAUCACCGUCCCUGCUGUUGGGCAUGGGAAGCCCCCAGCGGAACUUUAACCCCAUGGAGUCUGGCACCGCCUUGUACUUCAGCACUGACACAGUCUCCCCAUCCAGUGGCAGUUACCUGGGCUGGGGCUCUGAGCUGUCGCCCAUCUCCACCUACCGUAGACCCUACCGCAUCAGGGAGCCCCUCUUUACCUCCACCCCCAGACAGGAGCCUCGUGCUGUUCCAGAGGAACCAGGUCCUAGCCCCUCUACCACCGCCACCACCACGCACGCUAGAAAACAACUGGUCCAGUUUGUAGACCAUAGAGAAAAGUUGAUCUAAAGGAUGACAAUGGGUGGAGUGAGAUGAUCAGACCUGGUCAAAUACAUGUAAAAUACUCUCAAAUACUUAUUAAGGUGUAUUUGAUUUAGCUUGACCGGGGUGGAGCUGGGUGGGUGAGGUUUACACUUUCGGGACUAUUUAAUUGGUUCCAUUGUACCACUGUUCCAUUCCAUUCCAAGCUAAAUCAAGUGUGCCUAAAGUAUUUAAAAGUAUUUAACAUUAUUGUAUUUGACCCAGGUCUAGAGAUGAUAAAGAACACAAAAUAUAGAGAAUAUAUUACAAGAUAUAUGACGUUAGCCUGAGUGUCAGGCUGGUUCUGUAUUCAACAGUGCUAUUACAAAAUUGUUGUCAUGCCAGACAACUGGUCUAUUACUAGCCAAGGGCUUGUUGACUAAAUUAGAACCAGCUCGGCACCCAGGUUAGCCAGACGUGUUUCACACUAAAUAACAAUAGCUUGUCUUGAGUAUCCAUUUUAAUUAGCCGGUGUGAGGUUGUGAAUCCACAUGUAUCUAUCACACACAGACACACUAACAGAGAAACUGCACUGGAAGUAGUCUUUAGUUAAGGAACAGAGGGAUGUCCUUUUGCUCUUAGGCCCCGAUUCAAUCAAUCACAGAUUAAGAAAACUGCACUGUGAGUAUGCUCAGAAUGUCCAUGCAGUAUUAUUUUAAUAACAGAUGCGGUUUCAUGUUGACAUUGAAUGAUAAUGUCCGUGAGAGUAAUGGCGUGUGUGGUGUGUCAGAUUUAACAUGGUUAACGCCUCUGCUAGAGGAUAUACCAUAGAAAUAGAAUCUAAAACUAGAAUCUAAAACUAGAUUAUAUUUCUAUGACAUAGAAAUUGUGAGUGAACCCUCAGUGUGGUUUACUUUAUGCCCUGGAUUGAAUUAGUGCCAUCAUAAAGCGUUAUGAUUCAUCAUUAGGCUAUGAUAGCUUAAGUUGGGGUUUAUUAAGGUUUGACAGAGAAGAGAGUUUAUAUGUUUGUCUUUGCUUCUUUCUUUUUUGUAUAUAACUGCAAUAAUUUGAGGCAGUUUGCACUUUUACGAGGUAUUAUGAUAUGAUUGGGAUAACUGAAGGGGUGCUAAUAGUUAGUCAAUGGAGACGCUCUGAUCACAUGUUAGGUUUUACUCUACUAUUAUAGGCUACUGUAUAUAUAUUCAUUAUUAUAGUAUUCAAAUGUGAUAUUUAAUCUAAAGGUAACCUAACAAUAAUAGGUAAUGUACGUAUUAUGUGAAAUUUUAACCGAUAUUCUUACUCUUAUUUCCAAUUUGUUUACAGCUAGUCCCGACAUGUCAAGCAGACCUUUAAGUCUGAUAGGUACUAGUAUUUAAAUAUAUAAAAAAAUAUUCAAAUGUGUUCAGUGUUCAAUUCAUUUCGGUCAGUAUAGGUGCUAUUUCUAAAUCUCGAAUUUACCUCAAAUGGCGAAGAUAUAAGAUCUUUGUGGACCAUUGUCGGGAGAAAUCAUUUCUAUUUCUGUGAGACAGGAGAAAGAUCCAACUAAUCGUAUCUAUUCACGUGGCAUCAAAGCAGACUGUAUCUAUCAGUGUGGAAGUGCCUGAAACAAGCUGCUAGUAGUAUUGAUGAGCUUCCGGAUCCUCUACAGCCUGGUCCUAUUCCUAUCCCUAUCCUAUCCCCCUAAGGGGGCCCUUUGUUCCUAGAAGGCUAGGUAGGGAGAGAAAUAUAGCUAGGCCAAUCUAGAGGUUAUAGGUCAUGUGCUGCUAUGGAUGUUUGGAGGUCAGUGUUAUCAGAAUGUUGUGUUUUUUACUGUCGUUUAUUUUUUGUUUCAUUGUGUUUAUAGUGAAUUCAGAACUAACUUUGUCCCCAGGCUCAAGAGAGAGAGACAGCUCGGGACGAGAUCAGUUCAGAACUAUUGUUUUAUCUCUGUUGAUAUAAAGGGAAUGUGUGAGCUACCUAGAGCUGAGGAAAAUGGUACUACUGCAUGCUCGUCCUUAUUUUUACACAGCCUGUCAAAGACAGUGUACUGUGUCUAAUGAUAUAUGUGAAAAGAGAAAUCACUUACACACACAUUGCAUUAACCAGCUUUUAGAAUGUAUGUCCAUGCAAAGUUAAUAUACUAGCUAAUAUAGCCUACUAAUAUCAGUAUGGACUUUUAAAUGUAUCUUGGUGCACAAACACGCUUUAGAAUACUAUCUCAAUGCCUGGCUUGAUAAGGAAAUAAUCAGCGCUUGCCUUGUAGAAACGACAGCAUCAGCUGCAAUGGCUGUCAGUCUCAUUGCCUUAUCUGUAUAUGCUCGUCACAAUGAAUGGAAUGGUGCACGUCAAUUUCCAGCUUCUUGCAUUGUACACAUCUUCUUUUUUUUUUUGUGCCCACAUUUACUGUAUGAAAUGUGUACAGUAGUGUUCUACAGUAGUGUGAUUCACUGUGUUUUGACUCGGUAAAGUUUUGUAUCUGUACUUGACAAUGUAUUAAUAAGAUCUUGUUGUUGUUGUUGUUAUUAUUGUUACACCAGGUGAACGUGAUGCAUCUGAUUGCUUCAUCUAAUGUCGUUAUUCAAAUAAUAUAAUGGUUAUUCAUAAUUGUAUAAAGUACAGCUGAAUAAACACUAGCGUUACCACAAUGGAA